AUGGCACGCGGCAAGGUGCAGAUGAGGAGGAUCGAGAACUCCGUCCACCGGCAGGUCACCUUCUGCAAACGCCGGGCAGGGCUGCUCAAGAAGGCAAAGGAGCUAUCGGUGUUAACUGAUGCUGAUAUCGGCAUCAUAAUCUUCUCCACACAUGGCAAGCUCUAUGAACUAGCCACCAGGGGGACUAUGGGAGGUUUGAUUGAAAGGUACAGAAAGGCAAGUGGAGAAGCUCAAACUGAAGGGGGUGAAGUGAACCAAGAACAGGAAUCUAAACAGGAGAUAUCAAUGCUAAAGCAAGAGAUCAAUAUACUACAGAAGUGUUUGAGGUGCAUGUAUGGAGAUGGAGCCUCUGAAAAUAUGACACUGGAGGAGCUGCAUGCCUUGGAAAGGCAUCUCGAAAUAUGGACGUAUCACAUACGUGCCACAAAGAUGCAGAUCAUGUUCCAGGAAAUCCAGUCCCUUAAAAAUAAGGAGGGCAUACCAACAGCUGCUAAGGAAUUUUUCCAAGAAAAGAUAGUGGAGCAAAAUGGGCAUUUUGAUGUAGCUCCAAUGCUUGUACAGCAAAAUGGGCAUUUUGAUGCCUCCCCAAUGGUGGUACAUCAAAAUGGGUAUUUUAACGUAGCCACAGCCAUGGAUGACAUCCCAUAUCCACUAACCAUACAGAAUGACUAUUCCCGUUUUACGAGCUCAGCAUGGGCUAGUCCUACUGAGGACAAUAUGGUUGGACGAACGUUGUGACCAAAGAAUUUGUUUAGGGUGUGAAUGCCUCCAAUUUGUAUGAAGUCGCAAUGAUCCCCUUAAGCGUCCAUUUCAGCAUCUGUUAAUAUUGUUAUGGCUUUUGGAGAGUUAUUGCAGUCUGUCCGGUCCUAGUGACUCUUGAGAGGGUUUGAUGUCUUUCUGUGGUUUUAAGAGAAGGUUUGAUGUCUUUCCGUGGGUCCGUAUUAUCCAAUCUAUUGCUUUGAAGUUUAAGUAAUUGUUGAACUUGUUUUCUGUAAGCAUUUAGUUCUUGUUAUUGUAUAUGUUUGUUUUGUAUUUCUGGUGUUGGAUUAAAUUGCUUGAAUGACUAGAAUUGAGACUCUGAUGAUGGUGUUCUCAAAAAAUGAAACUAAGACCAGCUGCACCCUUGAAGAGCUUAUUCAAAAUCAUGAGCCCGCCCACAAUACAAUACCAUUCACGCAGUCCAACGUCCCAGGAUUUAUCGAGAGGAGCUAACUAGAAGCUGCCAAUUGAAAUCCUCAACCCUACUCCCCAUACCUUCCCUAUGUGCAACGAAUAUAUGACCGAACGUACGCCUGCCCUAAAUCCUUGUGCAGAAGUUUUGAAAGAGUAGUAAAUGAACCCCUGUACACAUUUCUGUAAUACUUAUUUAUCUAAUAAUAAACUCCAAGUGGUUAGUUCCUACUGCUUCACAAUGAAAAAAAUAAAAAAAAGUUUUGAAAGAGCAAUCCCUUCAAAUCAAAGAAAGGAAAUGCUGUCCAACUCUCCAAAGUACUUACACAAAUGGUAUCACCACCGUACACUCCCAUGAGUGGGGAGAAUUUAAGGUUGAAAGGUGGGAUUAGCCC